AUGAGUAGAAAUGGAUUUGAACAAAUUUGUAAUUAAGCAACAAAUUUUUGGAAAUCACAACUCUAACCCUAAUAAAAAUAAGCUGAGGAUAUUUCUACUAAUAUUGGUUCGAAUAUUCUGGUUGAAUGCUCUAUUUUUGAAGUUUCUUCUAAAAAAACCGAAGAGUUUCUCUUUCCAGAAAUCUAAAAACAAAGUUAGGUAAACUAAAUUUGUGAAGAAGAAUUCCUCUGUCCUUAAAUUAAUAAUUCUUAAUAAUUUGAUAUUGAUGAGAAUAUAUAAGAGGAGGAAAAUAGUUUAUCACAUUCGGAAAGUUAAAAUCGAAAAAAAGAAAAAAAAAAAUCAAGAACUAAAUCCAAUAAAUCAAGUAAGAAAUUUGAUUUAAAAAUAAGCUAAAUAAAGACUUACAAUAAAAUAAGAAGCUUUGAUUAUGGAAUAAGCUAGAAAAGAAACUAAUCUUAUAGAUAUUGCUUAAUUAAUUCCUGGUGUAACAGUCAAUUAAAUUAGACAUCUUUUGAUGAAAAAACUUAAAAAUUUUAAUAAAAAUAAUGAUUUUUAAGGUCAAGAUAUUACGACCCUAAUAGAAAGGAUAGAUAGAUUGUAACAGUAAUUAAAAAAAAUAAAGUUAGGGAUGAUAAUAUUGAUAAUGCGACAAAAAUACAAGAGUUAAGAUAGCAUAUACAAACAAUAGAGAAUCAUUUAGAUUUAACAAAAAAAUUGAUCUUAUAAAAAUAUAUGAUUUUAUUUCAAUAAUAACAAUGA